AUGGAGAUCCCGACGACCUGGGGCUUUGUAGGAUCACAGCUCCUGAAGGAGGCUCAGCGCAGACUGGCCCGAGAUUCGUCCUUCAUCCCCAAGAAGUACCUGGAGCAGCGAUCUGCCGCGGUUGAGCAGGUGCAGAAGCAGGUCUUCCAGCUGACCCACGAUGCCAGGUCGGUCUUCUUGUUCGGCACG